AUGAACACGUGCGGUCAUUGCGAGCGUAAAAUAGAGCAUGAACCUGCUCUCUUCGCCAAAGGAAGAAUUUGGCAUGUAAACCACUUGCUGUGCAAUGUAUGUGGGUGUAGAAUACAAGAAGAGGAAAAGUUCGAAGAGAAGGAAGGUAUAAUUGCAUGUCGACAUUGUUAUCUUUACGGCAACAACCCAAAAUGUGCAGGUUGUUUCGAAGGUAUUGACGUGAAAUAUGUGGAAGCAAUGGGCAAGUUCUGGCACAGAACAUGUUUGCAGUGUAGUAUCUGUCUGCAGCCUUUGAAUCGUGUUUUCGUUGAGAACGACAGAGGACUGCCAAUGCACGCCGGAAACAAGAAACUCGAAGAUGAGUCUCGCUCUGGUCGACCGACUGCAAUAUCGCUCGACAAACUGAAGAAUCUGGCGGAGCAGCAUCCAAAUGAAGGCGUGCGGUAUUUUGCUGCCAGUCUUGACUGUUCGCUGUUCACCGUGAGUAAUGGACUGCGAUCUCUCGGAAUGGUGAAGAAGCUCGGUCAGUGGCUCGAGGUCUACUGCGCUCAACUGCAAAGACUGGCCGACAAGAUCCGCAAGGAGCACGCGAAGCUCGACAACGUUCGCCUGCUGCACGAUAACGCGCGUCCUCACAUCGCGGAGAAGAUUUCCCAGAAAAUUCUGGAGCUCGGAUGGGAAGUUCUACCGCACCCUCCGUACAGCCCGGACCUGGUCCCGAGCGAUUACCACCUCUUCCGAUCGUUUCAGCAUCACCUGGAGGAGAAGCGCUACGAUGAUCGUGACCACCUCGAAAAUGACCUUCGGGCUUUCUUCGCCUCCAAGUCGCCGGAGUUCUACGCUAAAGGAAUCCGUGAUCUUGUGAGACGUUGA